GAAGAAGGGAGGAUGAAGACGCUAAAGAUAUAGUGUGAUUUUUAAUGCUUAUAGCAUAACUAAUAACUAUCCAUAAUAUAUGUCAAACUAAACACAACAGACAAGCUCUUCAUGUGUACGGUUUUUCUUGUUCCUUCUCCUGGGAUCGUGGAUUUUAUGUGUGGUUGAGAGAAUGGUGGAGGAGGACUUCGAAUCGGAAGCUUCUUGAAUCAACACGUCACAAAAUGUUUUUCUUUUUUCUUUUUGUAUCAUCCUUUCCCCCAUCUUUUGAUUAACUCUUUCACUUUCGUUCGCAGAGCUUACUGUCGAAACAUCGCCAUCUUCUUAUGUCUCUCACUCCCGACCAACCACCCGACCGCCUCUGUUCUUCCCCUCAGGAAAAUCAGAUGCAUCGUGCUAAAUUUUCCCUUACACCCAAGAGUGAAGUCAAGGACUUGACAGGUUCAAGUUUUCACAGUUACAAGCAAAGCAGUCUUCUGGAUCCCAUAGACGUUUCUUCAUCUUCGGAUGAUGAAAAGGACCUUCCUAAUGAAAAUGUGUCUAAUCAAUUAGUCCUUUACGAUCCCAUGACAAAUGGAAACAAUACCAUUGAACUUGCACCUGAUCCUCACCAGUGUGGACCUCCAAUGCAAACAAGAAGACAACCUUCACAUUUAGUUCCUAGAAUUUUGCCUUCAGUUGGUGCUUUCACUGUUCAAUGUGCAUCCUACUUUAAAUGGAGGUUGAUUCCAACAAAGGAAAAAUAUGAAGAAAUCCGUGAACAUAUUCUUGAACAGCCUUUUGUUUGUCAAAAAGCCCUUGAAUGGCGACCAGAUGUAUCUUGUGACGAUCCAGAGGAUAUUUCUCAGGAUGGCAGCAGGAUUUGGGCUAUUGAUAAGCCAAAUAUUGCGCAGCCUCCGGCUGGAUGGGAGCGACUACUAAGGAUCAGAGCUGAAGGAAGCUCCAAAUUUGCAGAUAUAUAUUAUGUGGCACCAUCAGGCAAGAGAUUACGCUCAAUGGUAGAGAUCCAGAAGUUCUUGACGGAACAUCCUGAGUAUACAAGAGAUGGGGUUAAGCUUUCACAGUUCUCAUUUCAAAUACCAAGGCCAUUACAAGAAAACUAUGUGAGGAAGCGUUCCGCUAGACUUCCCUCUUCAUAUGAAGCGGGUGGACCUGUUGAACAUGAGCAAGUGACUCCUCUGUCAUGGUUAGGCCCAGAAGGCCAUUCUGAUUUGCAUGCUGGAAGACUGAGGCUUCCUGCUUCUUUCGUGGGAUCCCAUGAUCUUGACCCUAUCGGUAUCAGCCCUCCUGCAAAGAGGCAAGCAACUCAGAACUUUUUUCAUAAAGAGGACCUAUAGUUAGAUGCUUGUCUUCUCGGUAGUUAAAACAGAAGGACCCUGAUCAAAUCUCUAAAUAUCCUUUUCGAUGGAGCAUUCAAGGUGUAAUAUGAGCUUGCCAAAUCAUGUAAAUGACAGUCCAGAGAAGGACCGUUGUCCUAGCGACUCAAGUCUCCUAGAAUUAGUAACCAUGGAGAUAUAGAUCUUUGCAUUCAUAGUAAAGUUGUAUUUUGUAUGUGGAAAGGUGUGGAAGGACUUUUAUUUGUACAAAAAUGGGUGCCUUCCCUUAUAGAAUAUUUAAGCCUUGACCAACAUUCUGAUGUGAAAAUAUGGCGGGUUAUUUGUUUGUAAUAGGAAGUUGAUGGUGUUUGUUCGUUAUUUGAGCUUCUUUUAUACAUUUUUUAUUUCACGCCUAUGUUUGAUUGAGAUCUUAAGCAACAAGGGAAAAGUGUUUCUCUUUUA